UUGACUAGCGCUUCCCGACCUGGCGACCCAGAGGGAUAGGGUCUGCUCUAGGCAAGCGAAUGUCAUGGAGGAGAAAUGAAAUGUCACCUCUGAGGCAGAGGAUACACCAUCUGUAAAGAGAACAGGGAGCUCUGCACAGCACCUAGUUCCACCCAAUGGAAGUUUUCAACAUUAAUCCCAAACGGACGACACCUUGGAUGACAGCGAAGAUGAGGCUGAGCUACGCAACGUGAAACCGCCGACAAUAACAGACACAGUGGACUGCAGCUGCUGCCUUGCUCCCAAGGAAAGACUCUCCAGGCAGCCACAGUGAAGGGAACUGUUGAUCCCUUCUCACAACAGCCUGGUCUUUUCAUCACCUCCCCUUUCUCCCCCUUUCUCACAGGCAGUAUAACAAAUACUACAUCUUUGCACAGAAAUCACAGCACCUUCCUCUAAUCAGUUUAACACCCUCAUCUUGAGGGUCAAAUACCACAGAUGCUGGACGAGGAGCCAGCCUGACUCUACACUGCCCAGGAGACAUCGUGACGGAUUACGAGACCGAAACUUGAAAAUAAAACCCCCAGCCUACACAGGACAAUGAGACCAAGGAAGCUCCGACUCGAGUUUGCAUUUUCCUGGGAAAGAAAGGGGGUUCCUGAGAUUUGAAGGUAUUUUUUUUUAAUGCUCUGCCUCCCUCUGCUGUUAUUUCCGAGAAGUUGUUCCAACGAUGAGAAAUCAUGUCCUAGCAGCAGCGAUUCCUAUGCUCUCCCUGCUGGCAAUGAUGGGAGACACAGACAGCAAAAUGGACAGGACGGUGCGGACGGACGCAGAUCCCGGGCAAUGCAUGAGGCAUCACUAUGUUGAUUCCAUCAGCCACCCAUUAUACAAGUGCAGUUCCAAGAUGGUGCUGUUGGCUCGUUGCGAGGGGCGCUGCAGUCAGUCAUCCCGCUCGGAGCCUUUGGUCUCCUUCAGCGCUGUCCUCAAACAGCCCUUCCGCUCCACCUGCUACUGCUGCCGGCCACAGACCUCCAAGCUGAAGGCCCUGAGGCUCCGCUGCUCCGGGGGCAUGAGACUCACGGCCACCUACCGCUACAUCCUCUCCUGCCACUGUGAACAGUGCAGUUCCUGAGACCUGCCCCACUAUAGGCAAGGCGAGAUAGACUGGUUAUGGCGGCCGGGGAUGCAGGAUUCCUGGGACAUAGAGGGAAAUUUGCUGCAUUCCGUUAGCAUUUGACUACACCUGCCAAGGCUCCUGAAACCAGCCGGCUUUGAGAGAAAAGAGGAAGGGAAUAAAGAAGCAACAACUGUUGCUCUGGUCUACACUGGUCCUGAAGAUUAAAGCCUCACCAGCUUUUUAACACUGAAGUGAAAAAGAUGCCAGGGAGUUGUCUUCUACUUCCCCCAUCAGCCUCCCCUCAAGUUCAGUCUUCCCCUUCUCGAGCUCCCAGAGAGAAGUAGCUGAUUGUAUCUGUCAGCCUGUGAGAAUGAUGGAAAAUGCUUAAGAGACUCGGUCCAAAUGUGUCCCUGUAGAGACAGGCCUCAGUCAUGAGGCAAAAGGAAGGGAGGGGGCAAUGUGGACACUAAAAUAAAUGGAUGCAGCUCUAGAACUGUCGACUGACAGCGGGAAGACAGUACAGAAAUAGGUGGGGCCCGGAUUUGGGCAGCUGUGCCCUGUAUGAGAAGAAAGGCACACAACGGGUUGGAGAGAAUUUAAGGAAAAAAAAAUGUCUGCCAUGAAAUAUAGACACAGUGGAAGAUUCAAUUGUCCGGGAGUAAGUGUUAACAACAAUAAAUGGGCAUUGAGAUGCAAUAAGAGUUUGAACAUCUCUGGCAGUCAACAAUCCAAAACACUGUCUGGAUUUUCCUCUUCACAUUGUAUUGGUUUUGAUUGGAUGCUGGUAAUGGUUGCAUGUUACUUCUUUCCAAACCACCAAGUUCCUGGGCCUCUACCCAGUGGCACCAACAUUAAAAACAGAUGAAAACUGUCAAGGAGAAUUUCUUGUGAGAUACUGGAAGGCCUCAAGCCAGGACGUAUCCCUAAGGGCAACUGGGCUGAGUGCUAUGGGCAGAAUGAUGCAUCUGGAUGGUCAAAAGCUCCAUCAACUUGGCAUUUGCCUGAAGAAAGUUUCAAGUGAUUUCAUCUUUUGUGGAAUCGAUGUUAAAGAAUAAUAUUCAAAAGCCUGCACCUUAUGUGCUGUAUGAAAGAUGUAGAAAUUAGUUGCAGGGCCAAGUCAGUGUAUAUGUGCAUGCAAAUCAAAGAAUUUCAUGCAUGAUCCAAGGUGUGUAUGUAUUUUUCUGUAACUAGGCAUUUCGGUAGCAGAAAUAUUGCCAUGAUUCACCCAUCAUAAAAGCCUCACUCAUC